GCUGUUUUUAUGAGGCACUAAAUCAGAAGUCUUCAAAGUUGGCCACUUUAAGACUUGUGGACUUCAACUCCGAAAAUUCUGGGAGUUGAAGUCCACAAGUCUUAAAGUGGCCAAGUUUGGGGACCCCUGAAUUAAAUGAUAUCCAAGAAAGUGCAUUUAAUGUCCACACUUUUUCUUAGUACACUUGUGUUCAGCAGUGAGACGGAUUGAUAAAUCAUAGACACAGUUCUCUUGCAGCUCAACUUUUUUGGGGGGGGUGGGGGGAGACACCAGGAGGCAUGGCUGGUUACUGGCUAAUGUGUAUUGUGCCAGCUAUACCCAUGCAUUUUUUUUAAUUAUAUGUUGAUUUUUGGUUGAGAACACCGCUGUUAGGUCCAUCUACAGUAAAUACAGUAAAAAUAUAAAUGCAAAAUGAAUACAUAUCAACAGAAACAUGAACCCCAUUAAAAAAGUAUAUGUAGCUCAGGGUUGAACUAUGAUUCUUAAAUUUGGUGAGUUGCUUGCAGGCGUUUCAUAAUCUGAUUAGGUAACAUCAGUGAACAUUAGGACCUAGUUGGGUAAUGUCUGCAUGCAAACAAACUCAGCCCCUAGAUUUGACUAUUGAUUAUAAAUUAUAUUGUGGUUGUAAAGAUAAUUUUCCAAAGCAGGUUUCAAGUAUUAGAAAGAAUUAGAAAUAAAACAUCUAGUAAAUAGUAAAUUUAAAUAUUUUUUUCCUAUUAAGUAAGGACCUUGAGAAUGGAGGAGAGUGGUUAAUGAAUGACCUGGGUGUUCAGCAUACUAUUAAUUCAGCACAAGAAAUACAUCUUACUUUUGGAAACUAUGUGGAAGCCUCCAGAUGCUUUUCUUAGCAGCAGAACAGAAAUAGUUACUGUUCAUUGUUUUCUUUCAGGAAAUGGAAUUAAUAUUAAGUUACAGUUUCCCAAUAGUCAGAUUUGGAAAGCACACUUAUUCAUAGGUUCCCAAUGAAUCCAGUUGUCUGGAUUUGCAUAAUUUACUAAGCAAGAAAACAUAUAGAUUAGUUUGUAUUCAUGUUAAGCUAAAAUGAGUGUUAAUUUGUAGUUUAGUGUAUUGUGUAAAUUUAGCUUUAAUCUAGAAAUUAAUUUUCAAAAGAUGAUUUAAAUAGCUAGAAGGAGAGGAAGAAGAAAGCAAAGAAUGCUUACAGCGCAUUUUUACUAACUUAAAGCUAGAUAUAUCUGCAUCUCAUGUAUUUCUAGCACAUCAGCUUUGGUCUUUAAGCUGGUUAUGAAUAUACAGUUGUGGUAAACAUCCUGCUGACCAUACAUUUUCUAUUGUAAAACGGGAUUGUAGUUUUGUUGCUAAGGAAAAAUCAGCACAAUUACAAUUAGUAUUAAUAGUGAAAUAGAUGCAGCUGCUUAAAUCCACACUAAUUAUAAAUAGAGGUGUUUAAAAAGAGGCAGUAUCUGCCUCAAGCAAGAAGGAAGUAUUUGGCUGUAUAACGACACUAUAGAGUAACAUAAGCAGAACAGAAUGUCUGGGCGUGGUAAGAAACACCCAAAGCCUGCACUGCCUGCCAGAAUCACCAAGACAAAAAAAUGUGGCUUGCAGUUUCCUGUGGGCCGAAUUCAUCGGUUCCUAAAACAGGGCCAUUAUGCCGAAAGAAUAAGUCCAGGAGCCUCGGUGUACCUGGCCGCAGUCUUGGAAUAUCUGUCUGCAGAGGUCAUAGAAUUAGCUGGGAGUGCUGCUCAUCAGAACAAGAAGAAGCGGAUUGGACCACGCCAUAUCCAGAUGGCAAUAAGGAAUGAUGAAGAGUUGAACAAGUUGUUUUCACAUGUGACCAUUCCUGAAGGAGGAGUGCUCCCCAACAUCCAAGCCAUUCUUCUUCCUAAAAAAACAGCAUUGCUGAAAGAAGUCAAUGGGGAUGCUCAGUCCCAGGAAUUCUGAAACAUUUAACAUUUUAUCUUGCAAGAACAGACUCUGCUAAAAGGAAAAGACUGAAAAUUGGUUCUGUUUGUAGCAGUUUCCACUAGUUAUCCCCCACAGUCCUCAAAAGAGGAGCAAUGUCCAUCUAGCUAAUAUAAAUGGCUUUUAGUCCUGGGGCAGAGAACUAAUGGUGCAUACCUUUCUAUUUCCACACAGACUAAAUAUUAGUGAUCAUCAUUUAUAGUGUUGUGGGAAUCUUGUUGCAGAAAGCAUAGAUGAUGUCUUGUGUUAACCUGGUUAUCUUUCAGAUAUGUAAUUCUUCAAACUCACAACUUAAAUGUUUUUCCUGUUUUUUCAACCAUAAGUAAAAUGAUUGGUAUUAGCAAAACCAUUCUUAUAUUCAUCAAGGUUUUGCCCCAUUUGGCACUUUAAAUUUAUGUACUUGUAUUAAGAAUUAUGAUUGUGAAAUAGAACUGAGUUACAUUCUUUUUUGCAUUUAUAGUCUUAAUUUUUAUGAUAUGGGGCACUUGUUAGCUUUUACGUCAUGUACUUUUAGAUGAGUUCCCCAUUUCAGACAAGUUUGUCAUUGAAUUGAUAAAAAUUCUUCUUGACUAUUUGUUUCAUCUAAUACAAACCCUUUAUGUAAUGAAUUCAUAAUUAAAAAUGUACCUC